AUGCCCAAGUUUGGGUUACCCGGGUUGAAAGGCGAAGGCCCAGAAGUUGAUGUAAGUCUCCCUGAAGCUGACAUUGCUCUCUCAGGUCCAAAGGUCGAUGUGUCUGUUCCCGACCUGGACAUUGAAGGACCAGAAGGAAAACUUCACGGUCCUAAAUUUAAGAAGCCUGACGUGCAAUUCAACGUUCCUAAAAUCUCCAUGCCAGAUAUCGACUUAAAUUUGAAAGGCCCAAAACUGAAAGCUGACAUUGAUCCCUCCGUUCCCAAAAUCGAGGGGGAGCUGAAAAGCCCUAAGCUAGAGAUCAAAGGGCCAGACGUUGAGGUCGAGGGACCGAAGCUUGAUCUGGAAGGAAAAGCUAAAAAAUCCAGGUUUAAACUUCCAAAAUUUGGCUUUUCUGGUCCUAAAGUGCAAAGCCCUGAUGUGGACCUGAAACUUAAAAAACCCGACGUUGAAAUCGCUGGUCCGAAAGUCGAUGUUCCUGCUCCAGAGCUGGAUGUCCAGGCAAAAUCCAAAGGGUCAAAAUUUAAAAUGCCGUUCCUGAGUAUUUCAUCCCCUAAAGUUUCGAUGCCAGACGUGGAGCUAAACCUGAAAGGGCACAAACUGAAAGGGGAGUUAGAUGUUUCCAGGCCCAAGUUGGAAGGGGACCUGAAAGGUCCCGAGUUGGACAUCAAGGGCCCCAAAGUCAACGUUGAGGCGCCCGACGUGGACAUUCACGGGCCGGAGGGGAAACUCAAAAUGCCAAAGUUCAAAAUGCCUAAAUUUGGUGUGCCUGGGCUUAAGGGCGAGGGGCCCGAGGUGGACGUUAGCAUUCCAAAAGGAGAGCUGGAUGUUUCGGGUCCCAAGUUGGAUAUCGAAGGUGCCGCUUUGGAAAUUGAAGGGCCGGAGGGGAAGUUGAAGGGUCCCCAAUUUAAGAUGCCAGACAUAAACAUCAAAGCACCCAAGAUCUCCAUGCCCGACAUCGACCUGAACCUGAAAGGCCCCAAGGCGAAGGCAGACGUGGACGUUUCUCUUCCCCAGGUGGACCUGAAGGGUUCAGAUUUGCAAGUGAAAGGCCCAAAAGUGGACGUGGAGGUUCCUGACCUUGACGUUGAAGGUCCCAAAGGAAAACUGAAAGGCCCCAAAUUUAAAAUGCCUGAAAUGAAUAUCAAGGCUCCCAAUAUUUCCAUGCCAGACUUGGAUUUGAAUUUGAAAGGUCCCAAGUUCAAGGGAGGUGCGGAUGUCGAUCUUUCGGUCCCAAAACUGGAAGGGGACUUGAGCGUGCCGGACGUUGAUAUCAAAGGACCAAAGGUUGACAUCGACGCUCCUGAGCUGGAUGUUGAAGGGCCAGAAGGAAAACUGAAAGGUCCCAGGUUUAAAAUGCCCGAGAUGCACAUCAAGGCUCCCAAAAUUUCAAUGCCCGAUGCCAGCUUAAACCUCAAAGGUCCCAAGCUGAAAGGAGACGUGGAUCUUUCUCCUCCAAAGUUAGAAGGGGAUUUGAAGGCUCCUGACAUCAAUAUUGAGGGCCCCAAAGUCGACAUUGAG